AGGGAUCUCAAGGGUUAGGGAUUAUGAUCAUUGAAGGCAAACACUCAGAACUGGGUCGAGGAGUGUUCGUUUCGGAUAUUCAAGAAGGCAGUCCCGCUUUUACCGUCGGACUUAACGUCGGAGAUAUGAUAUUAUGCGUGAAUUUAAUCGAUUUAAUUGGAGCCGACUAUGAGAUGGCCGCUUCAGCCCUGAAGAGUGCGGAGGGAUUGCUGACUCUUGUGGUCGCAAAACCAACCAAAUCCAGUCUCCAAGAAAUGAUUGUUGAGAGCGAUUCCGUGGAAAAUAUUUGCGAUGAUAUCAAAAAAGAAUCCAUUAAUCCCAGUGCACCUCCACCUACACUUCCCAAACCACAAACAGUGCACAAAUCACUGCACGGCCCGAUUCGGACGUCGACCGCUACGAACGGAUCCCUAUCCCGGGCCAAUCAAAAAACAAUUCCAGCACUUCCCACACCUGUUACACACAAAACACAUUUAGUUUCUUCUAAUUUGGACUCUUAUGGAGCGAACACUCAGUCUUUUUUCACUCAUCUAAAAGAAGCGUCUGAUCCACAACACAGUGACCUCAAGACAUGUCAAGUAAAGGGUGGGCGCGAGACUACCAUUGAGAUCGUCAAAGAGAAACUCGGGCCCAAAGUGUUGGUGCAGACGGCAGCCCAUGUAUCCGGUGCUGCCUUUUAUUACAAAUCCGAAGCGGUUGAGAGCACCGACCCCUCAAUCAGACAGUUAGGCGUUUGCAUUCACCCGCGUUAUGGCGGAUGGUUUGCCAUCAGAGGAAUCGUUGUGUUCACUCACUUGACAUAUGAGCCGUUAGAACAAAGACAACCCAAAGAUGUCAUACAAACUGUGGAUCUGAAGAAGAAGUUAUUGUUUAAGUUUAACAACGAGUGGUUCGACUGGUCCUAUCGGGACAUAAUACCCGUCACCAAAAAGUACAGCGAUUUACAAAUCAAGUACUUUUCGCUCAAACCCUGCGAUCGCAAAGAAUUUCUCAAUUAUUUGAUUGAUUUGAAAAAUUGA